AAUGUCAUUAGCAGUGGUGUCGCGUAUGGCCAGAAUCGGCAACUUUGUCCACUCGCGACUGUUCGGUCGGUCCAAUCUAUUGCUGACCAAUUCAUUGAUAUCAGCAUUGAUGGGAACAGUAGGUGACGCUAUUCAACAACAGUACGACCUGUUGACGGACGACAAGAGUGCCGAAGAGUCUUCARCGACCAAAGGCUUCAAUUCUGUGCGUUCGGCGCACAUGACUUGUGCCGGAUUUACCACAGGUCUGGUCAGUCAUUAUUGGUAUAUAUAUUUGGAUCGGUUUUUGGGAACCCGAAAGAAGAUGUAUGUAAUCACCAAAAAAGUACUGUUGGAUCAAAUUGUGUUCAGUCCUAUCAAUUUGUUUGUCUAUUUCUCAACGUUGGGUCUCUGCGAACAAUCGGGAGUUAAAAGAUUCAAAGAGGAACUGAUGGAGAAGGGCUUCGAACAGAUCUAUGUCGUCGAAUGGAUUGUAUGGCCACCGAUGCAGUUCUUCAACUUCUUUGUAUUGCCACUCAGAUAUCGUAUACUAUUUGAUAACAUUAUAUCAUUGGGUUUUGACAUCUAUUCACCGUAUGUUAAGUAUAAGACUCAACUCAAGAGUGAAUUACAGACUACUAAUGACCAAAUCAUAAUUUAG